AUAAUCCCACUCUCUUCACUGACUCCUGCACCGCUGCAACCAGGCAACGUCUGCUCUUCUCCUGCCAUUAUGUUCCCGCAACGCACCAUGCUCCGUCUGGCCCAGCGCUCUGCCCAGCAGACUCGCUCCGCCCCCGUCCGCGCCGCCGUCCAGCGUCGCUUCAACAGCACCGAGGGCACCAAGUUUCCCUGGGCCGCCGACAACGAGUUCAACCGUGAGCGCGAGGCCGUGAAGCACCACGCCGCUGCGACCAGUGACCUCUGGCGCAAGCUCUCCAUCUAUGCCGUCAUCCCCGCCCUUGUCCUGGGCGGUCUGACCGCCUACAACCUGUGGGAGGAGCACUGGGAGCACUGGGACCACAUGCCCCCUCUCGAGGAGCGCACCGAGUACCCCUACCAGAACAUCCGGGUGAAGAACUACCCCUGGGGCGACGGUGACAAGACCAUCUUCUGGAACAAGACCGUCAACUACCACAACAAGGACAAGGCCACCUAGAUCUGUCCUUGAUGGAUGGGACCAUGGCUUCGGAUAGUCGUGGCUGUUGGGGGACAAUCAUGUAUAUUUAUCUUGGGGUCUUGGGGAAAGAUACAGG